AUGGCCAAAACCUCCAUUCUUGCCCACAUUCUUGUCCCUCUUGGUUGUCUAGUUCUCCCAUUCUUCUCUGUUGUCUACGCUGCCAAAAGAAACCCUCGUCUCUCUGAUAGUGAUGUCGCCAGUAAGGGGUUGAUCUGCUUUCUUUUAUGGUUUUUGAUCUUGUUUGGUGGGAUGGUUUACGCCAUUUACUUUUGUUAUAUUGGUGACAGUAAUAUUUUCAAAGAUUUCGACGAAACUCCAGCUGAAUUAGAUGGUUAUGACCGGAAAGAAAAGUUGCCACAACAAGCUGCUUAA